AUGAGUACCAUUGGCGCCCAGAUUGGUAUGGUGCUGGUGUCCAAUGUGCAGAAUGGCAUCUCCUGCCCCAUGCUGGAGAUGAUUCCCAUGAUGCACUCCACGUUUUUGAAUAUCGCUGCCAAGAUGCCUGAAGCAGAUGCAGAGCAGCUACAGGCGACCUGCCUGGCCAGUUGCUUUGUAUGUACCUUGACCAUCGGUGCGGGGCUGCUGAUUGGCACACGCCUGGGCCUGGCCAGCUAUCUUCGUGCUGUGCCGUUGAUUGUUCUCAAAGGUGCUCUGUUUGGGGUGGCGCUCUUUCUGAUGUCCAGCUGUUUGACGGUCGCCACUGGUGAUAGCACCCGCUCCCUCAGCGCGACCUGGCAGCUGUGGGCUCCAGCGGUGCUGCUGGGGCUCACGCUCUUUGCCAUGGAUGAGGCAAUCCAUUCGCCCGUUGUCAUUUCUCUAAGUUUGCUGCUGGUUGGCAUGAUUCCUACCUGUUUGGAUCUCUUGAAGCUCAUUCCGCUCAGCGAGCUGCAAGAGAAGGGCUGGUGUUUCCAGCGCCAACAAACAGCGAGUGCAGUCUGGUACCUGCAGGUGGCGGACGCCUACAGGUCCGCGCUCUUCCGCAUCGACUGGAUGGUGAUCCUUGAGAUCAUGCCUGCCAUGGUGGGCAUCGCGGCUUCCGCGUCCUUGUUGAUGUUGAUGGAUUUGAAGGCGGUGGAACUGUUGACCGAACGAGAAUUCAGCUUAGACAAAGAGCUUCGGAGCAUCGGAGUGAGCAAUCUCAUCAGUGCCCUCUGUGGCGGCGGCUUUCCCUGCUACAUCCUUUGUUCCUUAAACGUGACCUGCCAUCGCCUUGGUGGUCGCAGUAAGGUGAUUGGAGUUGGCCUGAUCCUCAGCUCCACCUGUUGCCUCUUCGUGGUGUUCAACGUGGUCCCCCGUCUUCCCAGGGCCUUGCCAGGGGGUCUCUUUAUGUGGCUGAGCCUGGUAUUCGCCAAGGAGACCAUUGUGGACAUAUGCUCCAAGUACACCCACAUCUCAGAUGUUUUCACCGUGGCCGCCAUGGCCUUGGUGGUGAAGUUCUACAGCUUCAACGAUGGGUUGAUGCUGGGGACCCUGCUGGCCAUGACGUUUUUCACGCUGCGCUACAGUGGCACCCAGGCGGGCGUGAAGACCGCAGGAGACGCACGUUUCUACCGCUCCAUUUGCACCCGCGAUGGCUUUGAACACGAAGCACUGGAAAAGUUGGGGCAUUUGAUCGCGGUGGUCCAUGUGGAUGGCUUCUUGAUGUUUGGCUCCACGCCUGCCUUCACUGAUGCGGUUCGAGAACUCAUGGGAAAAGGUGGGCCUGAAUGGAUCCUGCUGAACUUUCAAGCGGUGCAGAGCCUGGACUAUUCCGCUGCCCUGGAGCUAGCGUUGCUGGGCCGAAAGGCCAAGGAAUGUGGCAGGCGCCUGGUUCUGACGGAGCUCAACCGAUGCGUCCAAGACGUGCUGCGUACAACGCGGGUGGAAAUGCAACAGCUGCCGCGACCGGGGCCCGGGAGGACCGUGUCGUGCGGUCUCUUCUACCAGGCGCACUACCAACGCGCCCUGCAGCGCUGCGAGGACGGCGUGCUGUCGCGCAUCGGGCUGCGGAUGCCAAGCAAGUCGCAGGCCGCGUCGAUGGGCUCGGAGGAGGCCUUUGUGCGGGACGUGCUCAAGAGGUACUUUGGCGACUUCUUGCCUGAAAACACCAGUCUGGAGACAACGCUCUCCAUUUUUUCCAAGAAAACAGUGGCGGCGGGUGCCGUGCUGUGGCGUGCGGGAGACGAGUGCUCCUACUGCGUCUGCGUCUUGGAGGGCACGCUGCAUGGGAUGCAGCCCAGUCGCAAGGCGGGAAGUGCAGAUCGACUGGCCUGCAUCGCUGGCCCCGGAGAUUUCAUCGGUUUCCUGGCGAUGCUGAACCACUUCCCCUACGAACAGACGGUGCUGGUGCCCGAGGAGGCCGAAGACGAGGAUGAAGGUGCCUGUCGACUGCUGGUUCUGGAGAAGAACAAAUACCAGGCGCUGCUGAGCAACGAUCCGCCCUUCGCCCAAGCCUUGCUGCGUGGCUUCCUGCGACAGAUCAGCUACGAGUGCCGCGAGCUGUCGGAGAUGGUACACCUCUGUCUGGAACUGAUGGAAACGUUGAAUCCCAAUGUGGCCUUGAACAUCUUCCUCUCUGGCUCUAAGCACGACUUUGAGGACAUCUACGUGAUCUCGGAGCUGAUGGAAACGGAUUUGGCAUCGAUCCUGAAAUCCCAGCAGAGUCUGACGGACGACCACUGUCAGUUUUUUCUCUACCAGAUUCUGCGUGGCAUGAAGUACGUCCACUCUGCACAGGUGAUCCACCGUGAUUUGAAACCGCGGAAUCUGCUGGUGAACGGCAACUGUGACCUGAAGAUUUGUGACUUCGGCUUGGCGCGCGUCAGCUUCUCGAAGGAGUUUCAGACGUGUCCGAUGACCGAGUAUGUUUGUACCCGUUGGUACCGCGCACCAGAGGUACUGUGCUCCUGGGUGGAUUACACCACGGCCAUUGACAUUUGGUCCAUUGGGUGUAUUUUUGCAGAGAUGCUUGAGCGCAAGCCACUCUUCCCAGGGCACAACACGCAGCACCAGCUACAGUCGAUCAUCAACUUUGUUGGCAAGCCGGUGCCAGAGGAGCUGAACAAGAUCAAGAACGAGAAAUGCAGGCGUUUCAUCGAGUCUCUCCCUGCUGCGCCGGGCCUGAACCUGGAAGACGCCUUUCCUGAGGCGGCGCCCAGUGCGCUGGAGUUCCUCAGUGCGACCCUCCGUUUCGACCCAGAGCAGCGCGUGCCCGUGACGGAGGCGCUCACCCUGUCCUACGUCUCACAGUUGUAUUGUCCUGAGGACGAGCCAGUCCGUGGGCCCUUGGACACCUCCGACUUCGAGUUUGAGCGGCGGAAGAUCAACAUCCGCGCACUCCGUGAGGAACUUUGGCUGGAAGUCCUGCAAUAUUACCCAGAUAAGCAGGAGAUUUACUUGCAGCAACAGGCACAGUCCACCGAACGGUACAACGUGUCAUCCUAUCGUUUGCUGCGACCUGGUGAGCCUCAGUACUCCUCGGAUGAGGAGGAAAACGAGGAUCAAUAAGGUGCAGUCUCUAUGGGGCCACCAGCUAUAUAGAGGCCUUUCACCAGCCCCAUAUCUGAUCGGCCAUGAGAUUCAUCUGGAGUAUGUAUUGUUUCUAC